UAAUGUUUUUCUCGCUCUAGUAUGUAGGAUAACAAGCCAGCGGAUCAGAUUUGCGGUCACUAGCCCUGCCAACCGACGGCUAUAAUAAGCUGAAAACAUUAGCAGCAUUGUCUCUAGAAGAAUUCUGCUUUAGCAGCGACGAAAGAGACAAGCUUUUCUUUUGGCGUUGUUUGUUUAUUUUUAUUGGAGUCGUUGGGUUGGAGUUUGUGUGAAAUAGCUCUGCUGUCCGUGGAUUAACACUCAAGAAGACCCAAGGAAGAAGCGCUGUGAUAACAAUCUAAGUGUAAAAUUGUGGAUUAUGUUCCUGCUUCACUUGUGAAUAUCGGUGUUUUGGAGGUUUCCGCAUUUUGUGGCGGUAUCAUCGACUCGAAAUUCAGUUUUAAGUCGGGACAAGACCAGCAGCGGACACUUGUUGAAAUACAAUUUACAACUGCUCGGCAGCUUUGCUAACGUUAGUAGCGAGAUUUAGCUAUUAAGGCUAACAACUUUCUCUAACACUAGCGCUAAAUCUGCUACAAAUCCCUUCUUAUAUGUGUCUGUUCGAUGUUGACCGAGUGUCGACAAGUUGUCAAAGUGCGUUUGUUAAAAUUGUUGAUGACACUGACAGCAGUUUAGCUAACUUGGCUAGCUGCAGCUGUUACUCGGCUCUCCUGUUAGCAAUGACAGCUAACGUUAUGUUAACGUUACAUUCAAACAAGUGGUUCGCUGGAAAUAUGAAGUCAUAUUGUUACAUUAACUUUUUUUAAUUAACACGCCAUUCUUUAUGAAAGUUAUUAGAGUUGAAUUGUACACACAUAAUUUGCAAAGGCUUCGUUUACUCCGCUCUCUUGGCAUAGGAAGACAACUUUUAUUAACGGGAGCUUAGCUACGUUAGCUACUAGCUCGGUUUACAAUAACACUCAGUUGCUGCAGCCAGCAGAGUUGACUCUGAAUUAACUUUGUCCAACCAGUAACGUUCGCUAUGGUUUUAAAACUCGGACUGGUUCACUGCAACGCUCACUGAAAGAUUCUGGACAAUAGACUCCCAGCACCGUCUACCACUUUUUUCACCCCCAAGUAGCUGAAGUUGUAAAACUGCGGCCCGCACAAUGUCCGGCUCCCCGAGUACAGGUGGCUCAAACCCCAGGAAAUUCAGCGAAAAGAUAGCGCUGCACAACCAGAAGCAAGCAGAGGAGACGCGGGCCUUUGAACAGCUGAUGACAGACCUGACUGUUUCAAGGGUGCAGUUUCAGAAGGUCCAGCAGCUUCGUUUGACUCAAUCACGGGCGCAGUACUACGGCUCUCUGCCGAACGUCAAUCAGAUCGGCAACACCAGCACCGAAUUCCAAGGUGGCUUACCGUCCGGAUUGGACUCGGUGAGAGGGACCCGCCACCAUGGGCUGGUGGAGAGGGUCCACCGCAACCGCAUCAAUUCCCCCCAUCGACGACCCAUCGACAAGCACGGACGGCAGAUCGAGAGCUCUCCGUAUGGAGCCGUGUACCUGUCCCCACCUCUGGACAACAACUGGAGAAGGGAACAGCAGCCAUGGACUGAGGAAAAACGGCCUGGGUUUAGAUUAAUAUCACAACUCAACAGAACCAACUCGGACUCUGCUCUCCAUACAAGCGCUAUGAACCCAAACCCUCAGGACCCCUUCAUUGGCAUGAACCAGCAGAUGGGCCGAGGUCCCCUCCAGCGCAAUGGCUGGAAUGCAGCGAGUGUAAAUGAGUCAGAGCUGGACGGCUCCGGGAAUGUCUUCUCCUUCCCCACCCUGACUAACGAGGAGAAUCUAAUAGGUGUCAGUAAGCCCCUUCCCAAGCAGCUGUGGGAGGCCAAGAAGGUCCAGUCUCUGGCAUCAAGGCCUAAAUCAUGUGAAGUGCCUGGAAUCAAUAUAUUCCCCUCUCCGGAGCAGAACGCCGGCCUGUCUCACUACCAGGGCUUGUUAAAUAGCGGCGGCUCCCUGCCCGACCUCAGCAACCUGCACUUCACCUCACCACUCUCCACCCCGCUGGACCCCGAGGACAAUGGAGGGUACCCCAAUCUCAGCGGGGGCAGCAGCACCGGAAACCUGCCAGCCGCCAUGAUGCACCUAGGCAUCGGCAACUCACAGGGGCUCUCCUCCUCUCUGAGCAAUCCCUCAAUUCAAGGGUCUCUCAACAACUGCCAGCUGCAGUCGUCGCUCAGCAAUCCCUCCAUCAACUCAUCCCUGCGUCUGUCCAGCAACUCCCCCCGGCGACGGCCUGCUCCCAUUAGCCCCCUCACCCUGUCUCCUGGCACCGAGCAGCGCAGGGGUCUGGCCAAGCAGCUGUCUCCCACCAUGUCACCCUCGCUGUCCCCCAUCACACAGGGAGUUGCUUUGGAUACCAGCAACAUGCCAAGAGAGCCGCCCCCACCCUAUCCGCUCUACCAACAAUCCCAGCAUGCAGUGGACCAGGGCCGAAAACGCCAACACCAGCAGCAGCAGCAGCAACACCAACAACAACAACACCAACAACAGCAGCAGCAACAACAACAGCAGCAGCAACAACAACAGCAGCAGCAACACCAACAACAGCAGCAGCAACACCAACAACAACAGCAGCAGCAACACCAACAACAGCAGCAGCAACACCAACAACAACAGCAGCAGCAACACCAACAACAGCAGCAACAGCAACAACAGCAACAGCAGCAGCAGCAGCCUGUUUCCCCCCUUCAGAGCAUCUCUCUGGACUUCAACACAAGCCAACACAACAACAUGGCAACACUCUUCAACGACCCUUUCAUGGAGCAACAGUUCUCCAGUCGCCAGACCAAGACCCACCCCUAUACGUUGGACCAGUUCACUCUGUUGGAAAACGCGAUGAGCUCCUCAGCAGGGGGUUCUUGCUUCGACCCUUCCUCCUCGCUCUACUACUCCCAGGCUGCCCUCUCGGGGCUGGGUGGAAGCCAUGGCAGCCUGCAGGACCCAAUGCACAUGAGGUCCAACAUGCUGUACUCCAACUGCAGCGGAGGACUGCCCAACAUCAUACUAACCGAUGACUCCAGUCUGUCAAAGGACAUCAGCAGUGCACUCUCUACAGUGCCUGAAUGUUUUGACUCGGAGGGAGGCUUCCCGUUGGAGGACGAGCUACGCAUCGAGCCCCUCAGCCUGGACGGUCUGAGCAUGCUCAGUGAUCCCGACAUGGUGCUGCCGGACCCAUCGGUGGAGGAUACUUUCCGCAGUGACAGGCUCUGAACAUAAAGAGAGUCACAGGUUCCAAGAAAGAUAACACAAACAUGGAUUUGCAGUGUACAGCGUGUAUAAAUCUGAAUAUGCAUGCAAACAAUCUCUAUAGGGCCACUGUGCAUGCAUGCAUCCACUGCCACUAAGAUUCAUUAAAUGUGAAAGACACCAUGUACACAGUCAUGCACACACACUUUUUAAGGAGGAGAUUUGUGAACAAACACUGUUUACACCUGCUUCAUGCAAAGUUCCCUUCAUACAUGCUCAAGCUCGUAUCUCGCAGACAUUGUUUGCAAAAUGCAGUUUUGGGGUUUAAAAUCAGCUCUGGGAGCAGAAACGGGUCCAGCUCUGAGAGUCGGCACCUCUUCCUCCCUCCCCCGAACCCCAAAAGACUGGGACGAACACGUGAGGCGAUCCCACUUCUUUCUCUCCUCACCAGCUCACAGCCCCCCUGAAGCCAUGGCAACCUCAUCGCCAUGGUUACACACCAGAGCAACCCUAUUGCAAAGCUUGAGAACAGCAGGAAUGCCAACACACACACACACACACACACACACACACACACACACACAUUUACUUUUCUUACAGCAACCAGUAAACGAGGCAAAGGGAGCCCAGAGCUGUUGUGCAGUCACUGGCAGCCCAGUUGUCUUCAGGUGAAGUAAAAAACCAGCCAUGCCGUGGCUACUUCAGGCUCUCGAACAAUCAUGGUAGAAAUGAAGACUAGAGAGAUUAGAGCUUUUGUUUUAAAUUUAUUUCUUUACAUAUGAUAUCAGAUUAUUUUUGAGAUGUUUGCCACAGAUCUAUAUAUAUAUAUAUAUAUACAUAUGUGUUUUUAAUAUAUAUAUAUAUAUAUAUAUAUAUAUAUAUAUAUAUAUAUAUAUAUAUAUAUAUAUAAAAAACACAUAUAAGCCUCAAUUUCAGUCUGAUUAAAUUGUAUUUUCAAACUCGAAACAAAAAGGGCAAAGUGUUUACAAAGAUGAGAUUUUAUUAAGUAAAUAUUACUUAAGAGUAUAGAUUUUUGAACUCUAAUUAAGAGAUAAAAUUCUAAGAUGUAUUGAAUAAAUGCUAUAUUUUUCCUUGCAAUUUGGUUGGAUAUUCCCCGUCUCCUCGGUCACAGAUGAUUUCUUCUGGCAGAACUUUGACAGCAGUGGGACAGCGUCAAGAUCCAUUAAAAAAAAAAGAAAAGAAGGAACUGCAAGUUUUUUUUUUGUUUUGUUUGUUUUUUUGUUUUUUUUUUAAAUACUUUUAUGUACAGUAAUUGCCUUUUGUACCGACUUGUAAUGGCGCUUUAUCUGUACUUUAAACCUUGUUGUGAAUAAGGGUAUGCGUACUGUGGAUCGAUUAUGCCCCGAAUAUCUGUUUGCAUCCGGCUUUCUGUCCUUGUGUUAUGGCAGUACAGUGAAACCCCCCAACCCCCCCUCCUCUGUGUCUGAACAGUCAAAGUGACUCAUUCAGAGAGCAGACUGUAAUCAUGUGGACAUCGGACAUCAUGUAACAUUGCACUUAACCUCUUUUGCACUAAUUGGUUCACAGUGUGUAGACUUGAUAGUUUUUACACCAGGUAAGUAUGCUUUUUUGUUUUCUUUUAUUUACCUGAUAACCCAAAGAAGUUGAAUGAAGCCAUUACUAAGAACAGUGCGCCUUUAUGUGACUAAAUAUUAGUCGCUGCACAUACACACAUUUGAAAACACCAGCAUCGGGCGUUUACAUUUGAUAUGAUGUGAGGAAAUUGAAAUUUAUUCUCCGCUUUGAUUAUAUGGUCAUAUAGUAAUAUGUUUUUGUAAAGAGCUCAUAUUUGCAGUUGAUUAUGUAAUAACUCGGCCAUUUAGGGCAUUGAGUGCCCCCUAGUGUUUCAAUAAAGGCAAAGAGAGAAUUUUUUUUUUAUUAAAUAUUGUUUCUGAAAAGGAUUUGGAACAUAUUUUGCUCCUUUAGCUAUGCAAUGUUUUUGUUUUUUUUCCAAUUCAGUGAGACCUGUUGAACAGGUGCAACUUGUACAUUAUGCAGUGUAACAUGGCAUGCAGGUUCAUUUUAUGUGCACAAUGUGGGGGAUCAAAUUAGCUAGAAAUCCCAAUAUUACAUGUGUCCAGUGUCCACAGUGUAUGUUGACUCUCAGUCAGUAAGAAGGGUGUCUGCUCCUGCAGGGUUUGCAUCUGAACUGAUCAACAGUCGGACAACAAGAGCAUUUAUAGUGAAUGAUUUAAAGUAACUCGUGCAACUUUUUUGGACUGCAGGCAAAAUGGUGCAUGGCACUGUUUGUGUUUAUUUUUGUUUGUUUCUUGUCAGUCCAAAGGUGGGUUGAUUCCCAGUGUAUGAAAGAGAUUCAGUGUGUGAUUAUUUGUCAAAUACAAAAUGAAGAGGGGAGUCGGGGUUAUCGUGACGUUGAUUUCUAAGAGUUUAUAUUCAAUUUCAGCUAUUAUACAUUUUUGCUCUCUUGUUAGCUUCAUAAGACGGUGGGUUCCUUCCUCUGUCCCUACCGGUUUACUGCUGUCUGAACGCCUGCCUUCUGCUGCCUUACUCUGUUGUUUUUUUGACUUUUCAUAUUCCAGCAGUAACCUGUAUCCGUAAUCUCCUCCCUUUUAGCUUUAGCUCUGUUUAGUACUAACUGCCCAUUGUCAUUUUGUGUGUCUUAGUCUCACCCUUUCUUUUGUGGUGUCUUACUUUUUUAGUUGCAUAUAAACAAUGUACAGUUCUGUUAUUUAAAAGAAUGUUUUGUCCACUAGUGUUACUACUUUUUUUUUUUGUAAUGAAUUUGUUUUCCCCCAAGAUCUAAAAUGUUCUUGGUUUGUAACCUAUGUUAUAGUGCUUAUCUUCUUGAUUUAAUAUAAACAAUAAAACUCUA